AAAGGCCCUCUCUUUUCUCAUUUUACUCGUAUGUCCAAGUGCUUUCUUGAUCCAUCCAUCUUCAAGAACUCCCUUUAUAUAAACCCUUGUCUGAUGAUCGAAUGUAACAACAUCAUCAAGCCCUUAAAGAUCAUUGUACUAAUUUUUAUAUUGAUAUAUAGAUAGAUAGAUAGAGAGUGAGAGGAAGAGCAGUUAAAAUGGAGGAUUUGCCACCUGGGUUUAGGUUCUACCCAACAGAAGAAGAGCUAGUCUCAUUCUAUCUCCAUAACAAGCUCGAUGGCAGAAGAGAGGACCUGAACCGUGUGAUGGACAGGAUUAUUCCUGUUCUUGAUAUAUAUGACUAUAAUCCUUGGGAUCUUCCACAAUUUGCUGGCGACCUAUCGAGUAGAGACCCUGAGCAAUGGUUUUUCUUCAUUCCAAGGCAAGAGAGCGAGGCUCGUGGAGGAAGACCAAAGCGGCUUACAACUUGUGGAUAUUGGAAAGCAACAGGCUCUCCUGGUCAGGUUUAUUCUAACAAUCGUUCCAUCGGCAUGAAAAGAACUAUGGUUUUCUACAACGGAAGGGCUCCUAAUGGCCGCAAAACUGAUUGGAAAAUGAAUGAGUACAAAGCCAACCGCGGAGAAGCGUCCUCUUCUUCAUCCAUUCCUGCACCAUCAAUGUUAAGGCAUGAAUUUUCCUUAUGCCGGGUGUACAAGAAAUCGAAAAGCUUACGAGCAUUUGAUAGACGACCAUUAGGAGUGGAGAUGAGAGACCAACCUGCAGCUCAUGCUGCCACUGCCACUGCCACUCAAGAACCUCCAACAGCGGACAGAACAAACUCACCUGAGUGUUCAUCUUCGGAAGAGCACACCAGAAAUCCCGCUCAAACCGGGGGAGCUAGCACCAUGCUGAUGUCUGACGAUAGUGAACCGUUAUGGGAUUGGGAUCAACUGGUUUGGAAUUAUGGAGAAGACAGUUAAUAAUUUCUUUCACCUGGUACUCUGCCAUGCAUGAUUCAGAUUCUAAUUUGAUGUAAUAAACUUAGGAAGAUUACAAAGAAAUUCUUGAGGUUUAUCAUAAAAAACACAUUACUCCCCCUUUUUUUUUAAAGUUACCAUUUUGUCCCUGAGAUUUAAUUACUGCUAGACAGUUGAGUACAUGAUGUAUUAUCAGAAUACAUUUAGUCCCUAUAUGUACAAAACAAUAAACACCUUAGUUUCUAUAUUUGUACAAGGACAAUCACUUCAGUUCCUCUCUU